GCCGGUGGUUCAUUAUCUAGAAAAAUUGUUAGUUGUUACAUAUACAUAAUAUAUCUAAACUUUAUGAAGUUUUGAAACGUUUUAUUCACUAUGUCCAAUCACGGAUCAGGAAGUGAAGAGGACGAGUCGAUACUGACUAGGCAAACGAAAACGAGAACGAACCUAGAAUGGUUUAUCGAUCUAGGAACAUCCAAAUUUGAAGACAUUCUUCAGUCAGACAGUUUCAUCGAUAAGACAUUGCUGAUCAGAGACGUUAUAAGGAUUGGACGGUAUCAGACUGACCUUGUGACAGCCCCUCGAAAAUUCGGCAAGAGUGUAAACGCCGAUAUGAUUCGAUGCUUCUUGUCAAUCGAAGUUGACGAGAAAGGUAAUCCGAUACCGAGAUCGGAAGCGAAAAACUACAAGAUGUUCACCAGUCCAAUACCUAAAUCUACAGAUCGUAAACUACUGAUCGCAGAACAUGAAAAUUUUCUAAACGAACACCUCGGGAAGUACCCUGUUAUAUUCGUUAAUUUCAAAUGCCCACCAGUACGGACGUUGAAGGAUACCAUUUCGGAAUGUAAACGUGUUAUACAUGAAAGCUUUUGCGAGCAUAAAUAUCUAUGCGAAAGUUCUAAACUUGACCCUGAUGAAAAAUCUGUCUGUAAACAGUGGUGCUCAAAUACGAAGUAUCAAUCGGCUAAUAAAUCUGAUACUCUCGUUGGUUUCAAGUCAUUAUCAAGGUACCUGGCCAAGCAUUUCAGCACGAGGUGCUUCGUCAUAGUAGACGAAUAUGAUUCCAUCUAUGCAUCGGCGAUGUUGGAAGUGAAAGAGCCCAUAUUGCGAAGAAUUACUGAGUUUUUCAUGGCUUGUUUAGACUUUGUUGCGAAGGACAAUACCGAUUAUGUAGUAAGCACUUUCAUCACCGGUAUUUCCGAUAUGUGUAUGAAGAACACAGACAAACUUGGAAAUGUAGUUUUUAAAUGUCUUCCGGAUGAUGAAUUUCAGCAAUUCUAUGGUUUAACGUAUGAAGAAAUGGUAGAUUUGAAAGAACGAAUGUCAAUCUCACAAGAAAUGUCAGUAAAAAAAUAAGUAUGGCUGCUCCCAUAUUCGGGGGAAAAAUACUCUUAUGGAAUUUGAUUUUCAAAGACUGAUAAAGGCUAAAACAAAACAAAAAACUAGGAAAAAAUUGUGAAUUUUUUAUUCUUGAUUUCAUUACUAACCUUGCGAUAGAACAAUUCACAUUUUUUGUCGUUUAUAAAAGCAUCGUUUUUGAACAUUUAAAAGUACCUAUUCGAUAUUUUUAUUUUCAUUUCAGCUCUCCUUUCCAAAAAUUUGUUCGGACCAAAUGUGGCUAAAUUAACGUGAAAAAUACCUUGUGAGGGAGGGGUGGGGGUGGAGGUAGUUAGCUGGGUUAAAAGUUUGAAAAAAUCUAACGAUAAAAGUUGAGCAAAUUUUAGCCCCCCUCCCUCUUACAACACAACACUUUGUCAUACCUCUGGACUGAGAAUUGGUUAUUUUUUUGAUCGUAUAUUAAUCGAAUAAACUUUCAACUUGAAAAAAGUAGGUAUUAUUUUGUUGAUUGUAGAUUUGUUGCGAAAAAAUGAAAAAUUGUACAUAGAUAAGUAAGUAGGUAAUGAAAUUUUUGGCACCGGAAAAAGAAAAAUCAAAAUUGAAUCCAAAAAUACAAUCUAAGUCGAAUUUUUAUUUCUCGUGGCUAAAUCGACCUCAAGAGUCACAGAGACAAAAAAAUAUCAAGGGUUCAUUGAUACUGAAUUUCUUUAUGAUCAUUUUCAGGCAUUUUUUCCGAAAAUUGGAAAACUCAGAAAUCUUCUGAAGGCUUCAAACUGAUUCGAAAUUACUACAUCGUUUUGAAAGGUCGAAAAUGGUGUAAAACUAGAAACUAAAUUUCAACUUUCUCACCUCAAUUUGAUCAAAUUUUUAUUUUUUCACGAGGAGAAUACUUACCUAUUGGAUUUCAACUUUUGGAAAUUCCUUGAAAAUCGAGUUCAUGGAUGCUUAUUUUCAUUUUGAACAUUUCAUAGAAUUUUUUCCAAAAAGGGGAAAAUCCAAAAAUCACAGGACUCGUACGAACUAAAUUUUUUCCAAAAAAAAAAAGUAAAUUUUGUAAGAAUAAACAAAAAAGU